AUGGAUUUCAAGACCAAUCCAUACAUGUUUCUUGUUAUCAUGUCAUGCAUGUUUCUCAAGACCCAUCUUUCCCUUGGAGCUGAUAUUAUCUCUACAAACCAGUCCCUCUCUGGUGACCAAACCAUUAUCUCUGCAGGUGGGAAAUUUGAACUUGGAUUCUUCAAACCAGGUAGGUCUUCAAACUACUAUAUAGGCAUGUGGUAUAGGAGAGAUCCUUCCCGAACCGUACUUUGGGUAGCAAAUAGGGAGAAACCUGUGGCGGAUAGCCAUUCCUCCGCUUUAAGAAUAUCAGAUGGAAAUUUAGUUCUUUUCGACGAGUCAGAUCCAGUUUGGUCCACAAAUGUCAAGUCCACUGCAACUUUUUCUUCUGUACAAGCAAUUCUCUUACACGACGGGAACCUCGUCUUACAAGGAAUAUCCGUUAGUUCUACAAAACUCUUAUGGAAAAGCUUUAAUUACCUGACGGAUACGUUUCUACACGGUUCUAAACUUGGAUACAACAACAUAACCAAAACAAAAAAGCGCCUCACUUCUUGGAAGAACUCGGAGGACCCUUCACCCGGCCACUUCUCUUUUGAGCUAGACCCAAGUGACGACUCCCUUAUCUUGUUGUCGAAAAGUUCUAGGAAGUCCUACUGGAGCAGUGGACCUUGGAAAGGAGAGAGUUUUAGCCUGGUCCCGGAGAUGAAGUUCAAUCGUCUUUGCUAUUUUAAUUUUGUUUCUAAUGUUAAUGAAAGCUAUGUCAAACACGUUCUUACUGACUCGUCCAUUAUAGCUCAGUUUCGGUUGGAUGUCUCGGGCCAGAUUAAGCAACGACUAUGGCUCCCUACUACAGGAUGGAAUUUGGUUUGGUCAACUCCGAGAGACCAAUGUGAAGUUUAUGCUUUUUGUGGGGCAUAUGGCAGCUGUAAUGAGAAGUCAUUGCCCUUCUGCAACUGUCUGCCGGAGUUUAAGCCGAGGUCAUGGCGUGAUUGGGAAUUGCAGGAUUACUCCGGUGGGUGCGUGAGAAAGGCAAAACUGCGGUGUGGUGAAUAUAGUGUAGUUGAUGAUGGUGAGAAAGACAGGUUUCUUGAAAUUCCCAGCGUGUCAUUGCCUGAACAGAGACAAUCUGUGCUAGUUGAUACAAUGGCGGAUUGUGACUCCACUUGCUUAAAUAACUGCUCUUGCACCGCAUAUGCUUCUGAUGGCAAUAGUUGUUCCAUUUGGAUGGGAGAUCUCUUAAAUCUGCAGCAACUCGGAGAAGGUGAUAGCAGUGGAAGAACUCUCCACAUUCGACUAGCAGCUUCUGAGUUUAAAAACAAAAAGGGAUUAAUCAUCGGUGUUGUGGUGGGCUCAGUUACAGGAUUGUCAAUUUUCUUAGGCCUUCUUGUGUUUUUAAUCCUGCGACGAAGAAGGAAAAGAGUUGGAGUAAGAAAGGCGUUGGUGGGAUCAUUGCUUGUCUUUGGGUACAAAGAUUUGCAGCGCGCAACAAAGAACUUCUCCGACAAAUUGGGGGGCGGAGGAUUUGGUUCGGUUUUCAAAGGGGUGUUGCCUGACUCAACUGUAAUAGCAGUUAAAAAACUUGAAAGCGUUGGCCAAGGUGAGAAGGAAUUUCGAGCAGAAGUUAGCACAAUUGGGGCCAUCCAACAUGUCAAUCUUGUUCGACUUUUUGGCUUCUGCUCUCAAGGUUCUAGAAGGCUUUUGGUCUAUGAUUACAUGUCCAAUGGCUCUUUGUCUUCACAUCUUUUCCACUCAACUAAGUCAUAUGUCUUGGACUGGAAUGCGAGGUACCAAAUUGCUAUUGGCACAGCAAGAGGGUUGUUUUACCUGCAUGAAAAGUGUAGAGACUGCAUCAUACACUGCGACAUUAAGCCUGAAAACAUUCUUUUAGAUGCAGAAUUUCAUCCAAAAAUUGCAGAUUUCGGAUUGGCGAAACUCAUGGGAAGGGAAUUCAGUCGCGUUCUCACAACAAUAAGAGGGACAAGAGGAUAUAUCGCACCAGAGUGGAUAACGGGAGACACAAUAACAUCAAAAGCCGACGUCUACAGCUAUGGAAUGAUGCUUUUUGAAUUUGUAUCAGGAAGAAGAAACUCGGAGGAAUAUGAGUCAGGGGAAAAAGUUGAGUUCUUCCCGAGUUUGGCUGCGGGUGUCGUUGUAGAAGGUGGCAAUGUGCUUACCCUGUUGGACCCAAGAUUAGAUGGUAAUGUUGAAAUACAAGAGGUUGAAAGAGGGGUGUGUAAAGUUGCUUGUUGGUGCAUACAAGAUGAAGAAGCCCAUAGGCCAUCAAUGGGCCAAGUAGUUCAAUUUCUUGAGGGAAUAAUUGAGGUAAACUUGCCUCCAGUUCCGCGAUCUUUCAACUUCUAUGAUCACUUCCAGGACAACGUGAUUUUCUUUCCGAAGUAAUCAUCAAGCAAGAGUUAUUGUUCAAAGAAUAAUUCAUCAAUUGCUUCUUGUAAGGCCGAGAGCCUAAGGACCAGUUUAACAUUGUUGUACUGUUAAAAAUUUUUAUUAUUGUUGUAUUGUUAGUAAUAAGUUAAUAU